AUGAGCUCAUCCCUCUCACUGCAGAAGUCCAUCGCCGGCUCAGACGCCCUCGACGUCGCAAACUUGUACAGCGUUGACGGGCGCGUCGCGGUCGUAACGGGGGGCGGCACGGGUCUUGGGCUCGUCACAGCGACGGCGCUCGCGGAAAAUGGAUGCACAGUCUACAUUACGGGCCGACGCCUUGAGCCGCUUGAGGAGGCUGCCAAGUUCAAACCUCGUAAGGGCAACGGCAGGAUUGUUGCGAUACAGGCGGACCUGGGCAGCAAAGAGAGCAUCGUCGCCCUUCGGGACGCCGUUUCGGCCCAGGAGAAGUUUAUCAACGUACUCGUCAACAAUGCCGGCGUGUGUCUUAGCGCCCCAAAGAUUGACAACGUGCCGCAGACCGCCGAGGGCCUCUCCAAGUGUCUCCUGGAGGAAGACUCGUUUGGAACGUGGGGCAGCGAGUAUGACACACACGUCACUGCUGUUCAUUUUAUGACUGCCGCGUUCCUCCCUCUCCUUGCUGCGGCUACGGACCACGGGUUCCCCGAACCAGGAAACAUUGUCAACAUUGCAUCGCUGUCAGGCAUCACACGCACCAGCCAGCGUGGCCAGUUCAACUACAACGCUUCCAAGGCCGCCACGAUUCACCUCAGCCUCAUGCAUGCGACUGAGUUUUCUCGUCGCGGUCUUGGUAUCCGCGUCAACGCCAUCUCCCCUGGUUACUUCCCAUCAGGCAUGUCAGUGGCCGAUUUUGGAGACCGUCAGAGUGACGACGAGCACUGGCGCGAGAAGUAUGGUAUCCCUCUUAAGCGUGUCGGCAACGCAAUCGAUUAUGCUCAGUGCAUCAUUGCCCUUAUUGUGAACCAGUACAUGACUGGCUCCAAUGUUAUCAUCGAUGGGGCAUGGCUGGCGGGAAUGGCGUUCUAA